AUGUCAUGGUUGCAGGUUCUCAAGUCCAAAUUUCCCGCUAGCCAGGCGGCGCAGGAACUCCGCUGGAUCCAGCAGGAGCUUCCCAGAUCCCAGUGGCAGACGGCCGUUGAGCAAAGAGCCAAUUUGGUCCCGUUACAAUAUAUUCUCGGCUCCCAGCCUUUUGGCGAUCUCACAAUAAAGUGCAAGCCAGGAGUCCUGAUCCCGCGGAACGACACCGAGGAGUGGUGCGAGGAGCUCAAGCAGGUAAUCAAAAAACGUAACGGACCCGUCGAAGUGCUAGAGUACUGCACUGGUUCUGGCUGCAUUGGACUAAGCAUAGCGACACUCGCAAAUGUUAAAAAAGUUCUCUCGCUGGAUAUCAGCAAAGAGGCACUUGCUCUCUGCCAAGAAAAUCUCCAGCUAAAUUCUGCAAAGGUCAAGGCCGAAGUCGAGUUUCACCACGGCGAUUUACUCAAGCACCAGCUCCCACAAACGAGCGCCACGCUGCUUCUUUCCAAUCCUCCAUACAUACCUCGAGAACAUUUCAACCGAGCCGGCGGUGUCGAAGAGUCAGUCCUUAAAUAUGAGCCCGAAGACGCACUUGUUGGUAACCUCGAGUUUUACAGCAGAGCACACCAAAAGCCUUCUCCCAAGCUGGACUUGCGGUAUCAGAUACGAUACGCGCAAAAAUAUACGGAACGUCAUUGGUUGGAAACCAAGCUGGAAUAUUCUACAGUCUAUGUGCGAUGA